GUUGGUUCUUAUCUGUUGUGCAUUAGACAGGAACAUUUAAGCUCUGAAGGCAUUUUACACCGGUAAAACAUGUAUUCGGUAUUGUUACUACUACUCUCGUCGCCUUUUAUAAACGGACUUCCUCGUCAGAAUAAUGUGAAGAAUGUUGCAGCUGAACCAAGACAACUUCUAUACAUAAUAGAAAGGCUAGAAAAUGGUUUAGAUGCGUCCCAGCAACAACGUCCUCAGCAACAACAGCUGGUAGAGAAGCAACCCGUGUCAGAGACUCAGAAGCAACCCGUUUCAUCGGACGUACCAUACAACAUCGCUUAUUUGGAACCCCAACUUCAGUAUCCUGGCUUCAAUUUCCUGCAGGACAAACAACUCUACCCAAGAGUUCAGCCUCAGAUAGUUUUCUACGGACCAGGAGGCCAAGGGCAGCCAAUUCUCAUCAAUCCUGGCUCUCCUCCAGGCAACUUCCUGGUACCUCACCAACCUCAACCAGGGCCAAACGUCAUUAUCAGGGAUAUACCACAAAGGCCUGUUUUUGUGGCAGGAUAUCCUAAACCGGCCCAUAUUCCUCCAAUCGAAAAGGACGCUGAGGAGAUUCCAACCAAUCCAGCGAAGAUCCCACCAUUUCCAUCAACACCAACAGCACGAAAACCUGAAAAACUGGAAACCUUCAACGAAGGCAAAUUCGAAUACCCCACCAAGUCUGCAGGAGAAGCUGAUGUACUGGCAGCUGGUGACAGAAACCCGCAACUAAUCCCCGGAACGAGUUUGAAACCUGGACAUCGUUUCUUCAUCCUCAAUGGAGAAGAUCUCUUUACCAACUUCCCCCUACCAAACAAUCGGGAAUUAAAUCUCAAAUAUACGCAAAACCAACCCGAACAAAUACAACUCCCGUUGUAUCCACAGUCUCAAAAUCUUGAUAAGCAAAGCGAAAUUGAUAUAAACAAUAUUCCAGUCCAAACGCUUUUACUAAGGAAUGCUGUGACGGGGCAAAUUUCUAACGUGCAAGAUUUGAACUCGGAGGCAAAGUUACCUGAAAAUUACAUUGGCUUGAACCAGCCAAGCGCAGAUCAAGCUUUGUUUAGAUCUGGAUUUCCAAUAAACAUCGGCACGGAAGAUUUUCAACCAAUUGGACAAUUUAGAUAUUCUGCCCCCAGUGAACCAUAUUUUUCUUUUGAUGGAGACGACUUUGAGAACGACGCUGUCGUUAUAGAUGCAAAAGCAGAUGAUGCUGAUGAUAAUAAAGAUAAUGAAGCUUCAAGUCCUCAAAAAGAGUCAGAACCAAGCACAGCCCAAGCUGCUCCUGGAGCUAUUGCUCUGGCCGGUCCUGGUGGAGUAGCUGGUGCAGCACCAAAAGGAACUGCUUUAGUAGGAAGAGGAGGAUUGGCCAUUUCUAGCCCUCAAGCCACAGCAGUUGCUGGUCCAACUAAGAAUGAGGAAAAGACUAAAAAGUCCACUAAGAAAAAUUAAAUGAUGCAUUGUUUUUGUUUUAUUUUGUCAUUUUACUUAAUUGGUGGACCAAAUUUAAGAAAAUGUCGAUAUGGUUAAAACCCAUUUUCACAUUAUUGUGAUUAAAAGAAAAUCAGUUCUACAAAAACCUGCCUAUUUAUAAAGUUUGGCAGAUACAUGAUCGUUUUACAAAAUUAUUACAACCGGAAUAAUUUUACUAUAAUUAAGUAGAAUUGUGGUUAUUUUAAGUUCUAAUUAAGAAUAAAUUAAUGUAGAUAUUUAUGAGAUAACAAUAAACAUUGUCUAAUA